AUGAAUUAUUCAGAUGCGCAAAAGGUGCAAUUUGGCACUCAUAUGCUUGAGAAAGAAGUUGUGGAUUGGUGGCGCAACACUUUUCAGAGAUUUGAUGAGGAUGGCAUUGAAGUGACUUGGGGACUUUUCCGUGAUGCUUUUCUGGAGAAGUAUUUUCCAGAAGAUGUUUGUGGAAAGAAGGAAAUUGAUUUCCUUGAGUUGAAGCAAGGUAAUGGUACCGUAGCUGAGUAUGCUGCAAAGUUUGAGGAGUUGAUCAAAUUUUGUCCCCAUUACAAUAAUACUAAUGCUGAGAGAUCCAAGUGUCCUAAGUUUGUGAAUGGAUUGAGACCUGAUAUCAAGAAGGCAAUGGGUUACCAACAGAUUACGGGAUUUUCUGAGUUGAUUAACAAGAGUAGGAUCUAUGAUGAGGAUAGGUGUGAGAGUGCUGCUCAUUACAAGUUCUUGCAUGAUAAGAAAGGAAAAGGGAAAUUCCAAGGGAAGUCGUAUGAUGGUAAGAAGAAAGCUGGUGAUGGCAAGAAUCCAAGUGGGGGAGGAUCUCACACUCCUAUCAAGUGCUUCAGAUGUGGUGUUGAGGGACAUCGUGCUCCCGAGUGUCCUAAGGGCGAUAUGACUUAUUUCAAGUGUUGCAAGCAAGGUCAUAAAUCUUUUGAUUGUAGAGUUGGUUCGAAUGUAACUUGCUACAACUGUGGUGAGCAAGGGCACAUUAGUACCAAAUGA